GCGCAGCGGCAGGGAGGGACUCUUCACCGGGUCCGGCAGCUGAAGCUCGGCGCUCGGGUUACCCCUGCAGCGACGCCCCCUGGUCCCACCGAUACCACUGCUGCUCCCGCCCCUUCGCUCCUCGGCCGCGCCAUGGGCACCCGCGACGACGAGUACGACUACCUCUUCAAAGUUGUCCUUAUUGGUGAUUCUGGUGUUGGAAAGAGUAAUCUCCUAUCUCGAUUUACUCGAAAUGAGUUUAAUCUGGAAAGCAAAAGCACUAUUGGAGUAGAGUUUGCAACAAGAAGCAUCCAGGUUGAUGGAAAAACAAUAAAGGCACAGAUUUGGGACACAGCAGGGCAAGAGCGAUACCGAGCUAUAACAUCAGCGUACUAUCGUGGAGCUGUAGGUGCCUUAUUAGUUUAUGACAUUGCUAAACAUCUCACAUAUGAAAAUGUAGAGCGAUGGCUGAAAGAACUGAGAGAUCAUGCUGACAGUAACAUUGUUAUCAUGCUUGUGGGCAAUAAGAGUGAUUUACGUCAUCUCAGGGCAGUUCCUACAGAUGAAGCAAGAGCUUUUGCAGAAAAGAAUGGUUUGUCAUUCAUCGAGACAUCUGCUCUAGACUCCACAAAUGUAGAAGCUGCUUUUCAGACAAUUCUAACAGAGAUAUACCGUAUUGUUUCUCAGAAGCAAAUGUCAGACAGACGUGAAAAUGACAUGUCUCCAAGCAACAAUGUGGUUCCUAUUCAUGUUCCACCAACCACUGAAAACAAGCCAAAGGUGCAGUGCUGUCAGAACAUCUAAGGCGUUUUUCUUCUCCCCUAGAAGGCUGUGUAUAGUCCAUUUCCCAGGUCUGAGAUUUAAAUAUAUUUGUAAAUCUUGUGGUCACUUCUGUGUUUCAUUGCUUCCUCAUACUUAUGAAUUUUUCCAUGUCCUAAAUCUUUUGAUUUUAGCUUUAUAAAAUCAUCCACUUUGCCCCGAAUGACUGCAGCUUUUUUUUUUUUUCCAUGCUAUGGCUUCACUAGCCUUAGUUUAAUAAACUGAAUGUUUGAAUUCCUCAAUUAUUGUUUACUUUUCAUCAUGGAAGCCUGUCACUGUAGGACACAGUAGAACCUGAUCACUUGAUGCUUGGACCUAUUGGUCUUGAUCAAAUCAAACUAAGAAGACCCUAGAAAUAAGCUAUUAUGCCACAGAGCAGGUUUUAAGUAAUACACUCUUCUCUCAAUGCAGUGUGUAUUUUGACAAAUCUAAGAAUUGCCCUGUAAACAUAGCAAGAUUUUGAGAGUUUGAAAGUUUUCCAUUAUUCUGUAAGUCAAUUCUAAAAUGCCUUAAUAGGUUUAUGUAGUUUAGUAAACUUUAUUUUAAAAUUUUUUGUAAGCAUCAAAAUUGAUAGGAGUGGGGGGCACUUUUUUCUGGACCAGAAUUAUCUUAAUAAAUACAAAAGACUGUUAUGGUUUGGGUAGGGGUACAGUUAUGUAGCUAUAAGUUAAAUAGUGCUGCCUGGCAGGCUGGAAACUAGAAAGACUGAGGUGCCUCUGUUUCAGUGAUCAGCCCAAACCAUUUAACUGAUCUCAUUUCCCAGCAGUAGAUUAUGUGGCAUUUUAUUGCUUAGGCAAUAACAGGUUUAAUGCUGGACGUGUCAAAUUUUGAAGUGUUAAUUUUGUUUUAAAACCUUCCAGUGAGCGAAAUGCAACCUAGUUUUAUCACCAUAUCCACCAACAGGCAUGGGUAAUUAUUUUAACAAUGCUUAUCUUUGAAUUUUACAGUGUAUAAUGGAAUACAGUCCAGUUAAAUCUUUGGUUUUAGUGUCUAAAGAAUACAGAGGGAGGUAAUUUAUGCUCAAGUGGUGUCAUUUAAAGGCAUGUAUUCUUUUAGUACGUAAAAUGAAAUAGUACCUUGAGUUCAAAUAGAAUGCAUUUAGGCAUUGUAGAGACCUAAAAUAAUUUUUUUCCACUACAUUAUUUGAAUCAAUGGAGCAACUAAAUAGUUUCUCAUUCAGAAAUGUGCACACUAAUAUUUAGUUUUACUUCCUUGUGGAUAAUAUUAAGCACUUACUCUGCAGUUUUCUGAAACUUGUCAACUGCAGUGAUACUAUUCAGGAUGAUGGGAUAUCUGAAAAAAUAUAUAUGUGGGGGCUUGCAUAGAUUGCUAUGUUUCAUAGUUAAUUUUCUGUCUUUUGCGGUGCUCAUGAUGUGUGGAGCACACGGAAGGCAUUGCUGUAGUCAGUCAUUUUUGGUUCUCUUCUGUAGCCAUUUUAUUAUUUUAGUGUAUUGGUUAUAAAGAUACUACUGUCUGUCUGUAAAUUGCUACUUUGUAUUUUAUGCAUGCUCUGUAACUUGAUUUUUCUUUUUUUUUAGUUAUUGAUUUGGAAUAUAUUCUCAUUCUAAUAAACAGUUAUAGGGGGACUGUU